AUGCUCAUCCUGCUGGACUUGUCUGGAGAAAUCCCAGGAAAUAGAAAUCACAGAAGAAGGCUCUCCCUCGCGCUGGGCCCCGCGGAGAACACAAAGAUAGAGAUGAAUGUCACGAGAAUCACCUGUUUACUGGUUUCCUACUCUCUGAUGUGCCUGGUGUCCCCUCCUGUGGGCAGGGCCUGUCCUGCCCGCUGUGCCUGUUAUGUACCUACAGAGGUUCACUGCACCUUCCGCUACCUGACCGCCAUGCCAGCCCACAUCCCACCGAACGUGGAGCGUGUCAACUUAGGGUACAACAACUUGGUUAGACUGACAGAGACUGACUUUUCUGGCCUACACAAAUUAGAGUUACUACUGCUACACAGCAAUGGGAUUCACACACUCCCUGAUAAGACCUUCUCGGAUUUACAGGCCCUGCAGGUCUUAAAAAUGAGCUAUAACAAAGUCCAAAAACUUGAGAAAGACACUUUUUAUGGCCUGAGAAGCUUGACUCGGUUGUACAUGGACCACAACGAUAUUGAAUUUAUAAAUCCAGAGGCUUUUUAUGGACUCAUCUUUCUCCGACUGGUACACUUGGAAGGAAAUAAGCUCACAAAACUGCAUCCAGAUACAUUUGUCUCUCUGCGCUACUUCCAGAUAUUUAAGACAUCUUACAUUAAAUAUCUCUAUUUGUCUGAUAACUUCCUGAGCUCCCUCCCUCAAGAGAUGGUCUCCUACAUGCCUGACCUGGAAAGUCUCUAUCUUCAUGGGAACCCCUGGACCUGUGACUGCCACUUAAGAUGGUUGUCUGACUGGAUACUGGAGAAGCCAGAUAUAAUAAAGUGCAAAAGAGACAGAAGUCCCUCCACUUCUCAGCAAUGUCCACUUUGCAUGAACCCCAAGAUCUCUAAAGACAAGCUCUUAGCUAUGGUCCCAGCUGAAGCUUUCCAGUGUACUAGGCCAACCAUUGACUCAUCCUUAAAAGUAAAGAACCUGAAUAUUCUGGGAGAGAAUGGUUCUGUGCCUCCCUUUCCCCAAGAUUUCAGGGCACCCUUGGGCUCGCUCACUUUGACUAUGACAGACCAGUCUGGAAAUGAAGCUAUUUUGGUCUGCAGUAUCCAAAAGCCUUCAAAGACAUCAUCCAUUACAUUCACCAAAGAAAAUAACUACAUCAUGCUACAUACACCAUUUUCAACAUUUCUGGUGUGUAAUGUAGAUGACAGAGAUAUUCAGCCAGUGUGGCAAGUUCUGGCUUUGUACAGUGACUCGCCACUGAUACUAGAAAGGAGCCACUUGCUCACAGAAAUACCACAACUUUGUUACAAAUAUAAACAGGUGGCUUCUAAACCUGAAGACAUCUUUACAAAUAUAGAGGCUGUUCUCAGAGCUGAGCCCUCUUGGCUAAUGCAAGACCACAUUUCCUUGCAGCUAAACAGAGCUGCCACCACACUUAGUACAUUGCAGAUACGAUACUCUGCUGGUGCUCAAAUCACUUUACCAAGUAUUGAAAUGAAGCCAGAGAAAUAUAAAUGGACCAUGAUUUCCAAGAAUAAUAAUACUAAGUUGGAACAUACUGUUUGGCUUGGUGGGACCAUUGACCUUGACUGCCCAGGUCAAGGAGACCCUGCCCCACAUUUGGAGUGGCUUCUAGCUGAUGGGAAUAAAGUGAGAGCUCCUUAUGUGAAUAAGGAUGGGAGAAUCCUAAUAGAUAAAUCUGGGAAACUGAAACUCCAGAGAGUGAAUAGGUUUGACACAGGCGUAUAUCACUGUAUAAGCACCAAUAAUGAUGAAGCAGAUAUUCUCACUUAUCGGAUAACUGUGGUAGAGCCCUACAUAGCCAACUAUAAAGAAAAUGGGGCUCAUUACACAGUUUUCACUGGUGAAACAGUGGACCUUCCAUGUCAUUCUACUGGUAACCCAGAUGCCUCUGUUAGCUGGGUUCUUCCAGGAAAUAUUGUGCUCUGUCACUCCUCAAGAGACAAGCAAAUUCUUAACAAUGGCACAUUAAGAAUAUUACGGAUAACGCAAAAAGACCAGGGUCAUUAUUGUUGUGUAGCAGCUAACCCAUCUGGGGUUGAUUUCUUGAUUAACCAAGUUUCAGUCAAAACAAAUGGCCAAAGGUCAGUGGCGUACAAUGGAGAAACAGAUGAAUCUGGAUUUGAUGAGCUUGAGCCCACCGUGGCUAUAGCUAAGAAACAAGUUGCAAGCACAGGUAAGAAGCAUAACAAUUUGGAGCCAGUACAGCAGCAGCACAGAGAUGCAACAAGCCGACGUUUUAAGGAGUAUAGAAGGCAUUUUCCUUCCACAACACGGAGAAAUGACCCACAACACUGGGCAACACUUUUGGAGAAAACUAAAAAGAGUACUAUGCCAGAGAAGCAAGAAAAUACCACAGUAAGGCCACUUUUACCAGCCACCCAACGCCUGGAAAUACAUGUCAAGGAACUAGACUCUUCAGACAUGCUUCCUCCAGAUGAAGAAUUUACAACCCCGGCAACUGAAGCGCCCAAUGUUCUGGUCAGGAGAAUGGCAGCUGAUGCCAGAGAAAUAUCUCUUAGCCCUGUGACAAGUAUUACUCCUGGCACUGAUGUCUCCCCAAUUGUGAGCUCACAACUACUUCCACCUGAAAAACUAGCAGAUUUCAAACUAUCUAUUAAAACUGCAGCCAUGCCAAAAGAUGUAAACCCAAGCACAAUCAGACUAAAUCCACCUACUUUAUUUCCAUUACUCUCUGAAGUGACUGAAUUUCAGGACAAUGACCUAAUGGGGAGAAAAAGAGAGCAUUUGCAAAGUAUUCCCCAAAUAUCAGUGGCCCCUAUGAUAAAAGAUGUCAAUAUCAAAAUGUCCUUAAGUACUAAUACCCAAGUGGAUAUAUUCUCAGGGUCAGUAAAUGCUGGAAAUCAUCAGCAGACAGCUGUGGUCAGCAAACCCCGGAGCAACAACUUCCCUUCUCACAGUACUCAAAAGCUUAGUCCCUCUGAGGUACCCCUGGACCCAUAUAUUGCUGUUCACUCUCAUGUACAAAUUCUUAGAAACACUACAGCUAAUAUCCCUCUGUCUGGACGCUCUGGAAGAUGGAAGAAAAUUUGGGGCAGGGGGCGAAUCAUCAGUCCAUAUAAAACUCCAAUUAUUCGACAGCACAGUUAUGACUUUGCAAGGUCAACAUUCAGAGGUUUUUCUGAAGAAAGCACUACUGCUUUGUCAGCCACGGGCCUCAAUAGAGAAUGCCCAGCCUGUUCUCCCAGGGAAAGGAUCACCAUUGCUGCAGUAGCAGUAUCUUUUCCAAGUUCUUCUCCUGUCACCAUCUCUAAAGCUGACAUUGCCAGAGUUCCAACAGUAGACUCUACAAGUCCAGUCCAUAAUCCAUCAUGGCUACUUGAAAACAAACAAAAUGCAGCUAGUGAUAAAACAACACACAUAAUAAAAUAUAUCAGUACUGAAAAUACCCAAACAACUCCAACUCGUGCAAUCAGAUCUCAAGCCCCAACAUCCAUAUCUUUGGAAAAAACUCAUAUAACAGGUACUGGUAUCCCAAGCAUGUAUAGUACAAGUGAAACUAAAAGAGAUUCAGUGAUCACACCGUCACUUCCAUGUCCUAUCACCAACACAUCUAUGCCUACUCCUAUAGCCAUGACAAGACUUCCAAGAAGGAAAAUUCCCUGGCAUCAAAUCUUUGUAAAUAAUCAUACACAAAAAGAGAAGAGAAAGAAUCAACAUAAGUUUAGUUUGCAAAAAAGCAUAGCCACAGCACUUCCUAACAUAAGUCCUUCUUUAUCCACAAAUAAAGUUCCACCCUUUGAUUUCACAACACUCUUAACAAGUGUGACACAUGUUCCAGCUAUAACUCACCACAAUACCAGCAAAGUGCGCCUUCCACUGAGACUCCUGAAAAUUAUGCAACUGCGCUUCCCACUCAUUUAUCCUACUCUUCCUACUAUCUCAAGCAAAGAAUCAAGUACAGGUUUCACAUCAAUCCAAGCAGUCAUGUUGACGACUACUCCCAUGGCCCAUCAAUCCGUUACUACCGAUAAACUCCAAAUAGUCAGACCCAGAGCACAAAAAGUACAAAGAAAAAAGGAGUCUCAGAAGGACAGGAGUGACACAAACAACUCUCCUGGCCAGAAUUCUGGCUUCACUACAUCCACCAACACGACACCGCCUGUUCUAACUAGAGCUGCAACUCCCACCAUAGUCAAAGUCUCUACUUUUCCUCAUUCUUCCUUAGAAAACACAACAGGAAUUUCAAGCACAAUUGGUGUUCGCAUGGCAAGCCUUAGUACGACUGAUGUAAUUGCAGAACUACUUCAAAAGAAUACACAGACUUUGAAGAAAACAACUGCUUUUUACACAGUUUUGUCCAGCAGACGACGGCAGAGUACCCCAGCCAGGGCAACACUCAUCAGAACCUCAACUGUGCCGUCACCCUUGAACAGCAGUGCUGCUCGAGGGCUUACCACCCUGCCCUUGAGUAAUCAGAGUACAAUCACUGACAAUGAGGUCGUUCCCACUUUCGGGAUGAUGAGUGCACCGAUCAAGCCACAUGAAACUGCAAGGCGCAAUGCUGGUCCACAGCACUUAGUAGCAAAGGUUGUAACAUCUCCCACAGCUCAGCCAAAGUUCACCAAAUUCACCAGUGGAAGCUCCCACUUUAUCUACUCCAGUCUGUUAUCUUCUGCCCCAAUACCAGCUCUAAAAAAAGUUAAACCACAAAACUCUAAAUUGACUCCCUCUCCUUGGCCAGAAAACUACUUUGGGGAGAAGCCUUACCCAGAAAUAGUUGAAAGAGGCCAAAAGCCAGUAGUGAAUGUGUUGCCCACUCCAGGCCUGCCAGAGGAUGCCAUUCAUAGUCCUAAUUGGGAUGGACAGAAGACUGUAAAGAAAAGUGGCUUUGAUAAGACACCCAUUCAAGAAAUAACAAAUUCUGAACUUUCCUUUGACCCUUUGUCUAGGGACAUAUUUGAAAGACCCAGAAUCAUUGGAGGAAAAGUAGCAAGUUUUACUGUUCCAGCCAGCUCAGAUGCCUUCCUUCCUUGUGAAGCCACUGGAAACCCCUUGCCCACCAUCCAUUGGACCAGAGUCUCAUCAGGACUUGCUUUGUCUAGCGAGAAACAGAAUAGCAGGUUCCAGGUGCUUCCCAAUGGCACGCUGUCCAUACAAAGGGUAAACAUUCAGGAUCGUGGACAGUACUUGUGCUCGGCAUCCAACCAGUUUGGCACAGACCAUCUUCACGUCACCUUGUCUGUGGUUUCCUAUCCGCCCAGGAUCCUUGAGAGCCAAACCAAACAAAUCACAGCUCAUUCUGGUAGCACUGUGGAAUUGAAGUGUAGAGCAGAAGGGAGACCAAAGCCUGUGAUUUCCUGGAUUCUUGCAAACCAAACAGUCGUCUCAGAAUCAUCACAGGGGAGUAGGGGGGCCACCCUGGUGACAUCUGCAGGAACAUUGGUCAUCCACAAUCUCAGCAUUUAUGACCGAGGCUUAUACAAAUGCACCGCCAGCAACUCUGCUGGUCAGGACUCCGUGCUGGUUAAAAUACAGGUCAUUGCAGCCCCACCUGUUAUUCUAGAGCAAAAGAGGCAACUCAUUGCAGGGAGCUGGGGUGAGAGCUUGAAAUUGCCCUGUACUGCCAAAGGAGCUCCUCAGCCCCGUGUUCACUGGGUCCUCCCCAAUGGCACCGAAGUGAAACCAUUACAACUCAUCCAUUCCAAACUUUUCUUAUUUUCAAAUGGGACACUGCAUAUAAAAAAAUUAGACUCUUCAGACAGAGGCCCUUACGAAUGCAUUGCUACAAGCUCCACUGGUUCAGAGAGAAGGGUGGUGACUCUUACCCUAGAAGAGCGAGAAACCAUGCCCAGGAUAGAAUUUGCAUCUCAGAAAUGGAUUGAGGUGAAUUUGGGGGACAAACUGCUACUGAACUGCUCAGCCAUUGGGGAGCCCAAGUCCAAAAUAAUCUGGAGACUACCAUCCAAGGCUGUCAUUGACCAGCGUCUUAGAAUUGGCAGCCAUAUCCAUGUGCACCCAAAUGGAUCUCUGUUCAUUGCCUCAAUAACAGAAAAAGAUGGUGGUGACUACGUGUGUGUGGCAAGAACCAAAAUGGGAGAUAACCUAACACUGAUGCAUGUUGGCUUCAGACUGAAACCUGCAAAAAUUGACCACAAGCAACAUUCUAUAAAGCAAGUAUUUCAUGGGAAAGAUUUUCAAGCUGAUUGCAAAGCUUCUGGCUUGCCAGCACCCAGGAUAUUUUGGAGUUUGCCUGAUGGAACAAUGAUAAAUAAGAAAAUGCAAUCUGAUGACAAUGGCCACAGAACCAGAAGGUAUACGAUUUUUGAUAAUGGAACCUUAUAUGUCAAUAAAGUAGAGAUAGCACAGCAAGGUGAUUAUACCUGCUUUGCCCAGAACACUUUAGGGAAGGAUGAGAUGAAGGUGCAUCUGGAAGUGAUAACAGCUGCCCCUCGAAUCAGACAGGGUUACAAAACCAACAUGAGGAUCCAUGCUGGAGACACAGCUUUCCUUGACUGUGAGGUCACUGGGGAGCCCAAGCCAAAAAUAUUUUGGUUGCUGCCUUCCCAUGAUAUGAUCUCAUUUUCUAAGGACAGGUACACAUUUCAUUCCAACGGGUCUUUGUCCAUUAACAAAGUGAAACUGGUUGAUUCAGGAGAGUAUGUGUGUGUAGCCAGGAAUCCCAGUGGGGAUGACACCAAAAUGCACAAAUUGGAUGUUGUCUCCAAGCCUCCACUAAUCAAUGGUUUGUAUACAAACAACACUGUUAUCAAAGCCACAGCUGUGAGGCAUUCCAAAAAACAUUUUGACUGCAGAGUUGAAGGGACAUCAUCUUCUCAAAUCAUGUGGAUCAUGCCUGACAACAUUUUCCUCACAGCCCCUUACUAUGGAAGUAGAAUCACAGUCCAUAGAAAUGGAACUCUGGAAAUUAGGAAUGUGAGGUUUUCAGAUUCAGCUGACUUUAUCUGUGUGGCUCGGAAUGAAGGAGGAGAGAGUGUACUGGUCGUACAGUUAGAAGUACUAGAAAUGCUUAGAAGACCAACAUUCAGAAAUCCAUUUAAUGAAAAAGUAGUCACUGAGCUUGGAAAGACUAUAGCAUUGAAUUGCUCUGUUGAUGGAAACCCACCACCUGAAAUCAUCUGGAUUUUACCAAAUGGCACACGAUUUCCCAGUGGGCUGCAAAAUUCUCACUAUUUCAUAGCAAGCAGUGGUUCUUUUAUCAUUUAUAAGACAAGCCACGAUGAUGCAGGAAAGUAUCGGUGCGCAGCAAGAAAUAAAGUUGGCUAUAUUGAAAAAUUAAUUGUAUUAGAAGUUGGCCAGAAGCCAGCUAUUCUUACUUAUACACUAGGCACAGUUUACUGCAUCAGUGGAGAAUCUCUCUCAUUGGAUUGCGUAACAGAGGGAAGUCCUAAGCCAAAUAUUAAAUGGGCUGUUCCCAGUGGUUAUACAAUAGAUAGGCCUCAAAUUAAUGGAAAAUACAUAUUGCAUGAAAACGGCACUUUAGUCAUCAAAGCAGCAGCGGCUUAUGACAGAGGUAACUAUAUUUGUCAUGCUCAAAAUAGUGUUGGCCGUGCACUGAUUACUGUGCCAGUAAUGGUUGUCGCCUCCCUUCCCCGAAUUACCCAUCACUCACCCGGGAACAUCUUUACAAAGACAGGAACGGCUGUUCAGGGGCACUGAGUGGCCUUGGGGGUCCCCAAACCAGAGAUCACAUGGGAGACACCUGACCAUUCCCUGCUUGUAAGUAAGAGGACGACACACAAAAUAGAGCCUCUUCACCCACAAGCUACAUUAGUUAUUCAGAACCCUCGAACCUCAGAUUCUGAAAUUUAUAAAUGGCCAGCAAAUCUACUUGGCAGUGAUUAUACAACAGCUUACAUCCAAGUAAUAUUACAUGAAAGAAAAAACUGCUUGCGCAAAGUCAACAUCUCGACAGAGUUUAUUUUUUUGAAGAAUGUUUAA